ACUAGAGGCCGCCAAGACAUCUCGCGGCGACACAACCUGUGCCUCCGCGCCCGAAAAUAUGCUGGUGCCAGAGGGAGGGGGUGACCGCUGAAUGGAAGCAUCGGGAUGGAUGACGGGAUCGUGAAGAGUCCGGCACCAGGAACCGGGAGAGAAGGGCAUAUAAAGAGCGGGCCAUCGCCAUCGACGGCAUCGUCACUCUCUUCUCCCACCACCAGCACCGCAAUCGAUCAGUCUCUCAACCUUCCAAGCAGCCUCACUCAGCAUCUCCCGGUUUCUACCGUCUUCCACCAGCCAAAAUGCGUCCCGUCGCCUUCCUCCUUCCCGCCCUCGCUGCCGCCAGCCCCCUCGCCCCCGUCGUUGGCAACGAUGGCUGGGCGGAUGCUCCGGACCCGAGUGACAUCCAGAUCGUGGCCGCCACCUUCUCUGGCAACGGCUGCCCCCAGGGCACCGUGUCCACCAACAUCUCGCCCGAUAAGACAGUCAUCACCUUCGGCUUCGACGCGUUCCAGACCUACAUCGGACCCGGCAUCAGCCCGACCCAGAGGAGCAAGAACUGCCAGCUGCACCUGAGCCUGAAGUACCCGGGCGGCUUCCAAUUCUCGGUGCUGGAGAGCACCUACCACGGCUACGCGCAGCUCGAGAAGGGCGUGACGGGCACCUUCUACAGCACCUACUACUUCAGCCAGGACGCGGCGGCCACCACCACCACCCAGACGUCCAUCACGGGCGGCGGCAUCUGGGAGCAGGGCCAGGUGUACACCAAGUCGGACAAGAUCCCGACCGCCUCGUACAUCUACUCGCCGUGCGGCGCCAACGGCAUCCUCAACAUCAACAACCGCAUCGCCCUGGCCAGCUCCAACAGCUCGGCCAGCGGCUCCAUCACGGACGAUGAUGCCACUGUUGCCUUUACCCAGCAGAUCAACAUCCAGUGGCGCGCUUGCAAAUAGAGCGUGGUGGCUGCUGCUGCUCCUCGGGGUAGUAGGUCUUAGGCUGGGGUCGUGGUGCCGAUGGCCUUGGCCCCCUCCCGGUUUGGAGGAGGUGGUUGAUGAUGAACCAAAGUGGACGUGGUCGCUGGGGACUCGGACACGGGGGUCCCAACGUGGGUGUAUGCUGGAUUCUUGGGGUGCCGCUGACUCGGAUCCAUCCAACUUCUCUUUCUUGCCUCUCUUUUCUCUGUCCCCAUUUUCGUCUUGUUGUCUUCUCAUGUCGUUCCCGUCUCUCGCGUAGCACAAGUCAAUCAAGCCUGUAUUUCACACAAAAACGGCGGCCAUUCUGAGUGAGUGUGACUGUGACGUGUGAUGGGCGAUGAAAGUGAGGA